GCAGAAUGACUGAACACAUCACAAAUACGUCAGUAAAAGCAUAUAGUUUUUUGUCAGGGUGGAGGGACUUGUCACAGUCCAACAACUGGUGAUGAAUUGCAAGCAGUUGGUUUCUUCUUAAUACUGUUAAAUAAAAUGCAACCUUUAAUUGCCCUCCUUUAUUUGCCAGUUUAUUUGCACAGCCUUAGUGCCAGUGUGCACACUGUACCUCUAUCUGGAUCCAUUCUCACACAGAGGGCAAAAUCAGGCUUGUGGCUGAGUUGUGUGCGAAUUGCCUGUGGAUCUGAAGCAAUUAGAUGAAUGUAGACUGCAGGGGGGCAGGAUGGCGUCUGCGUGCUGCCCUCACUGGCCAUGUCCGUGUGAUCAGCUCCUCAAGUCGGCACAGUUCAGACAGGAGACGAGCAGCGAGGAGGAGGAACCCACCGACACAACUUGCGUCCCGACAAACAUGGAUAUAGCGCUUUUAAAAGAGCAGUACAACUCCAUCAGGGAGAAGCAGAAACGCGAAACCAGGGUGAUCUGUUUUGCAAAAGCUGCAUCCACCAAUGAGGAGAUCGCUGGCAAAUCUCUGGUCAACGUGGUUCCCAUGCGACAGGCUCGACACCCCCUUAUGAGGCAGGCAUCUGUCCAAGAAACUCAGUUUGACUUUGUAAGGGAUCUAGACAACGCCACGUGGCGCACACACCUGGGACUGUACCGCAGGGCCUGCUCGAUUCCUGACACCAAUCGGUUUCAACCAAGCAACCAUAAAAACAGCACUGGAGACUCAACCUCAACAGAUAUCACUGUGCACAGUGUGGAGGUCACAGAUUUAAGUGAUUUGUUAUCUGAGGACUGUGAAGGUUAUGAAAAUAGAAAUCAUGUAUGCAGCAAAAUGCAGGAGGAUUGUGAAUCUGAGGGCUUCAGGAAGUUCUCUGCUCCUGCAGUGGUUGCCAGACAGUCGAGUUGUGGGAGCUACCGGUCCUCUCAUACACCUGUGAGUUCAUACUAUCCCUUCCCCCAGCUCAAAUGUCCAAAGAAGUCUGAGGCAGCACGUAGGCUUGGGCUUUACUCUUCAUUCUGAAAACAUGUAAAUGCAAAAAAGACUGUAAUGUAAAUGCUAAAAAAUGUUGCUGCCAUUCUUUUUUCCAAAAAUACAUUUUUUCAACAGUUUACCAGCAGCAAUAAAAUGGAAUCUUCUUACAUGCAUUCAUCAAAAUGGUUAAAAUGAUCAAAUCAUCUAAAUGUGCUAAUUCUGGGUUUCAUUAGUGAUCUAUUUAUUUCUGUAGUAAUGGUCUGAUUACAAUCUUUUUUUUUUUUUUUUUAAAGAAUUUGUUCUGUUUAUUCAUUUCUUCAUUUCGUGUGUGUUUUAGUUUUCUCAGUCAGCUUGUCUUUCAGUCAAGUGCACUCUGUCAGUAUUUUCCUGCCUCUGUCUCUUAAUGAAGGCAAAUCUGGAUAUUAUGCUGGCAAAAUCAUUACCUUUUGAUAGGUCCUGUUUUGAAUAAAGAGUUGAAUUAAGGCUAUGCGUUCGCUGUGAAAAUGUGAAAACUCCUACCUUUUUAUUUUUUCACCUCAAAGCAGUUCAUAUUAUCCCACUGUAGUAAAGGUUUUACAGAGCUGCCUUGCUUAAGCUCACAAUGUCAACAUAUACAAUAAAGUUAUGGAAAGGCCA